ACCCCAGCCACACCCGGUACGAGCCAUGUAGUCGGGCUACCCUCCACCGCGAUACACGGCGGACAAUUGUUGCUUCUGCGCCUACAGGUGGUACAUCUUCGUCUUCGAUCUUCGCGGAGCUCGUCGGUACUCGCGUCCGCCGUCGUCGGGUGCCCGGGGAUUCCGUCGUCGUCCUCGUCAUCGUCGUCUUCGUCGUCGUUCUCACCGUUGUCCACAUUUUCGUCGUCGUCGUCGUUGUCGUCGUCGUCGUCGUCCUUGUCGACCCAUCGUUCGUUCUCGUUCCACGUCACCGCCACCGCCGCCGCCGUCGCCGCCGCCGUCGUCGUCGUCGUCGUCGUCGUCGUCGUCGUCGUGACCAUCGAGGUGUCCGUUGUCGUGGUUACGCCUCGUGUAUAUCCGUCCGCCGUGCGAGACUAUCGGUAGUCCGCGUGUCAGCCAUCGUCGUCGACACGCCGCUGCCGAAGCUUCCGGCAAGGAGACAUCAAAAAGCGAGAGAGGACCAGUCGGCGACGAGGUGCAGCCAGGGGGAAGUACCGUAGCUUCGGGCGCGCUCGUCAGCCAACUCGCUUUCGACUGCUGCGCGACUGUGUGCACACCGUGCGUACAGGGGUGGCGAGAGCGCGAGAACUACGGGGGGUGCGCGCGGGAUUUCCGGGGUCGCGGAGAGGGCUAGAGGGAGCUAUCGACCACACACGUAAGGCGGCGGCGGCAGCGCUCGCACACACCGGCGCACACGGAUACACAACAUCGCGGACCUGUUGUCCAACUUGUUGCUCGUCCCUGCGAAGGCACACCCGCCCAUCUCCGGAGUCGAAGGAGAGCUUGUUUUCGAAAAGGGUGGAAGGAAGCGCCGGUCGCGAGGAAUCGACCGUGUCGCACGUCGGGACGCCGCGCGCCCCCGACGAUCGAGCUCCGGCCGCCCCCGGAAGCGCGGACGAAGAAGGCGAGGAUGGAAAUACGGCGAGAGACUGAAGCUCCGUGGCUCCGAAGCCGGAGGUAGGAAUUUCGAGCGAGGAAGGAAAAUUUUUAACGACGACAUCGCCAUUUCUAUCCUAGUGUAUAAUUUCUGAGUGAGCUUGAUACUAGUGUUCCGUUUAAUAGGAUCGUACUUAGUGAACAAAAAUUAGGAUUCAUCCCGCGGGACUUUCGCUCUCUAUCACGUCGAGAGAAGAAGAUAUCUAGCAGAAGAUCGGACGCGCGUCUAGAAGAGAGAGCUCCACUUCCAUCCUCCAGAAUACAAUUCAAUCCGGUUUCCUGCAACUCAAAGGGAACUAAUGGCGCGCGUUGGGUAAUUCAGAGGACCAACUCCUUAUAGAAACUCCAAUUAUUCGUGCCGAAGCUCUCCGUAGUGUCGGCUAGGAAACUCGCAUUUGACGAAGACGAACGAGGUUCGACUUUGCCAACGGGCGAUCACAUUUUUUAAUCACAGUUCUCGAUUUCGAUCAUCAAACGAAGUGUCCCUCUCUCUCUCUCGCUGAUCAAAGGACUCGCGUACAUCGUUCAGUAUUCAGUUAAGUUCAACGUUCGGUCGGAGUCUACCAGAUCCCCCGUCGCGAUGAGAAUGUCGUCGAGGCGUGCACGUCCCGGGGCAGCGACGUCAUCGGGAAUCGGCGUGACGGGACAUCACCUGGAACAGCCGGGCGAACCGUGAACAGGUUCGCGGGUGAACCUCCGGAGCUCGAACGGUGGAGUCGCGCAUUCCCGGCGACGCAUGUAUUGCCGGCGGCAGCGCAGGAUAACGAACCCGCGGCGGUGAAACGGAGAAGGAGGAGGAGGAGAGAAAGAGGGAGAGGGAGAGAGAGAGAGAGAGAGAGAGAGAGAGAAACGCAUGUAGAGACGUACGUGUACGUUUUACGAGAGACGACGAGGUACGCGACGGCGGGCAUGAGGCCGGCGCUGUAGGAGAAUGUGAAAAUAAAAAUAAUCUUCCACCCGUGAACAUACAACGAAAGCAAUAUUACAAACAAGGUAAUCCCGAGGAACAAGAAGCAAGGGCAAGCCGCAUACGCUUUUCGCUCCCGCCAUCCCGCAAUCUCGCCCUCCGAUCUUUAGAAAUCAUGGAACCGCGUGCUAUUUUACAUCGCCGGACUCGGUCAAUCACGAUCGAGAAAGUGUGAGAGAGAGAGAGAGAGAGAGAGAAAGAGAGAGAGUCGCUUCUCUCAGUUGCUGCUCGCUUCACCCAAGAGAUAUUUUAAUAUGAAUGUACAUACGCGCGUAUAGACGCCGCGAUCGUACGCGCUCACAACUCUCUCAUCCCUGUACAUAGUUAUACAAAAGUAUAUAUACAUUUAUACGCAGAGUCCUAUCGAAUAGUCAUCGUGCAACGACGUCUAGGAUAUUAAAUCGAGAUAGAAAAUAUCACCGAGAUAGCCAUUAAGGAACCGAGCGUCUUAUCUUCCCUGGAGGAAAGAGUUGUCCUCGCUCAUCCUUGCGACAGGAAGGAAUUUUAAGUGGAAGAAACUCCGAUUGGGCUGCCGAUAGAUCGAUACGUAACCAUGUCGCGCCUCGGGAUGGGAUCUGAGAGGAAGCGCGCGAGCGGGACGAACAGUUGAGGCAGCGAUUGAGAGAUCGAUCGGCAUCGCGCGCCCGAAUGAAAUUAUCCACCGCGUUAAUCAUCAUCGGGAAGAUAAACGUGGCGUUUUCGGGAAAACGAGAGCGAGCGGCGGGACGGUUUACGGUACAUUGAACGAUAUAUCGCGUAGUGCACCGCUUGCCGGCGCGGAGCCGCCGCGACUUCCGCAAAGAGGAUUUAAGGUUGCGCGAUACUUCUUGAGGAUAUACAAGCGAUCGAUACUUCUUGAUCGCGGGAUAACGCGCUUGCAAUAAAGCACGCCGUCGCACCGGAGGACCGAGGUAGGAAGGAUAGUCGAGGCUCAAGAGGAUUGUUUACCCUACGCGGUUGUUUGGUGAUCUUAGAGCGAUAUUUCGAUAUUAAUCCCGGGGGGAGGAGAGCGUCGAUCAGCCAAGAUGCCGCGGUGCUACAUGGUAAAGAAGGCCUUGUGCAACAAGUACAUAACCAGCGUUGCCAGAGGAUUCGAGAGCUGGGGCCGCGGAAGGAGCACGCCAUCGCCAACCACCAUGCCGCUGCCAGUCUCGCCCGUAGAGGGGUGCGUUGCAGCCCCUGUUGCGCAAGAAUGUCGCAACACGCUAUCGAAGGACACGACGGUCGCGACAGCUGCCGCCGUGGCCGACGCAGACCCCUCGAAGGAGCGACCGAGCGACGCGGACAGUACGCCCGUCGCGACGACGACGGCGACGAUGCCGACGAUGACGACAGCAUCGUCACCCGUCAUCGCGACGGCACCCCCGACGGCCGAUUACUCGAUGACGGCGCGAAUGGAGGAGGCGACGACCGUCGUGAUCGCGUGCACCGCCGCGACGUCUCUGACGACUCUGUCUCCGACGGUGACGAUCGUCUCUCCCGUCGGGGAAAGCGUAACAACGACGACGAUGACGUCUUUACCUUCGCCGGGCGUGCGAACGAUCCCCGAGAGACCCGAGGAGACCACGGCGGCGACGUCUAUCACGACGCUGCACUAUCCACUGUCCACCGGAGAGCCGUCUCCGCCGUCCAGCACGUCGACGACGUCUUACCACCUGGAGGAUUCUUCGGAGCACUCGAGAACACCGGAUUCCAGGAUACAAUUAGUCACCCCGUCCGCUUCCAUCGGCAUGCCCAUGUCGUCUAUGUUCAAAGACCGCUCCGCGGCGGAGACGGAGGCGGCGCACGACCUCCUGGAGCUCUCCCGAUCGUUACCCCCGUUACCACCGCCGAGCGUCGCGAUUGGCCCCCAAAGCGUGAUCGAGACGCCCGCGACGGACGUUCAGGAGAUGACGGUCUACCAGCCGGCCGAGCAACCGAUCUAUCAGGUGAACACGAUCGACUUGGCUAGCUCGACUAUCUACAGUCACGUACAGCAACAGCCGCAACAUCCCACGGCUACCGGUAUCAUUUACCAGGAGUCCGGCACCGCCAUUGUGCCGCCCACGGGCAGCGUGUUCAUACCUCUGUCACCGGUGCAAGAAAUUCUGCUGACGUACAGCACGUCCGCUGUACCGUGUACGCCGAUCAUUGCCCAACAGCCGCAGCAUCAGCCGCCGCAGCAACAGCAAGAGCUGCAGCAACAGCAAGAGCUGCAGCAACAACAAGAGCUGCAGCAACAGCAAGAGCUGCAGCAACAGCAAGAGCUGCAGCAACAGCAAGAGCAAACGCAGCCUCAACUGUUGCAACAGCAGCAGCAACAGAUCGAAACGACGCCGCCACUGACGCCACCAACCUCCGAAUGCAGCAGCGAUAUCGAGAACAGUAACCCGAACUCGCAACCGACGCAAAGGGACAAAGAGGUUCAGACCAUCACGGAGCAGUCGGAAGGAGUGAAACCGGCCAGUUACACCUACGACACGUUGCUCGUCUCGGACGGCAGGUCGAAAAACAAGAAGGCGCCCGCCGUGCAGAAAAACCAGGAAACCGAACCGAUUGAAGCGCCCGAGACCUCCAAGACCGGUCGUUACGUGUGCUGCGAGUGCGGCAAGCAAUACGCGACCUCGUCGAAUCUGUCGCGGCACAAACAGACGCACCGCAGCAUCGACUCGCAGUCGGCGAAGAAGUGCAUCCACUGCGGCAAGGCGUACGUCAGCAUGCCCGCCCUGGCGAUGCACGUGCUCACGCACAAGCUCACGCACAGCUGCGGGAUAUGCGGCAAGAUGUUCUCGCGGCCCUGGCUGCUGCAGGGCCAUCUGCGCAGCCACACCGGCGAGAAGCCGUACGGAUGCGCCCACUGCGGCAAGGCGUUCGCCGAUCGCUCGAAUCUGCGGGCGCACAUGCAGACGCACUCGGCCGACAAGAACUACGAGUGCUCCAAGUGCCACAAGUCGUUCGCCCUGAAGUCGUACUUGAACAAACAUUUGGAGUCGGCGUGCCAGCGCGAGAACGACGACAGCAACGACGUCGACACGCCGUCGUAAGCAGCCGGUGCCGCGGCGAGGUUAGCGUCCAGAAUGGACUAAUGAUGAGUUGCCGCCGUUGUCGAUGGGAGCCUCGGAGCUCUUUUGUGCACCAUAGACGACGAUCAGACGUCGAAUCACCGGUAACCAUCCAAUUUCAAUGGGUUAUAUGUCUCUCGGUAAGCGCAAAGUGAUUCGAUUUACUCGCCGGUUUAAACGUCGCGGGUGGGCAGACGGGGGAAAAUCACGGCGCUGCGCGAGAACGAGAGAAGGUAAUUGACAUAUCGGUGUCUCUGGAUCUCGCGCUCGUGCGUCUCUUCCUCUCUCGCGGGGAGAGGAGCUUCUCUGAACGUUUUGUCGCGCCGCGGUUCCUUCGGUUCCGAGCACACACUCGGACUAUCCUCAGAAUCGUUCCUCCAAUCCUUCUCCCUCCUCAACGUCGAAAGGAGAGGAGAGCCUCCGACGAGCGAGUGUCGCUACGAAUAUAAGUAGUAACGAGAAUUGAAAAGCUACACGGUACGGUGGUACGUGAAAAUAACGAUAAGAAUGCGAGAUGAGGGAAACAUCUGAAAUUUGGCUAUCGAAAAAGACGAUUUUGCUGGAGCAAAAAUUAAAAAUUUAAGAUAUAAACCUGAAAAUAAUCUUAUUGGAUCGUAAAAAAUGAAAAACGUUCAACAAUCAUGAUAAGCAAUGCAAAAGGUUUUGGCGUUCCAACGACCAGUUUGAGCUAAAUACUUUUAGUGGUUUAACGAGGCUAUUUUCAGAUUUGAAAAUUUAGCUAAAUUCUUAAACGCUUCAGCAAAAACUGUCCUUUCCGAUUGUAUUUUCGGCAAAAUUUCAAAAGUAUUAAGUGAUCGCAGCUGUGUCAGACUCAAGUACUUUUUUUUGUGCUGCACAUUGCGUUGUUGAUUUGUCGAAUCAAUUGUGCGUUGUGUACAUACGUAUACAAAAUUUGCAAUUUUAUUGGACAAGAGUCCACUUAACGUUCUUUUUUUUUUAACUAUUUUUUUCACCGUACUACUUUUGCUCAUUGUUGCACAAUUUCGCCAACGUUUUUUCGUCGCAGUUUUCUUCAAUUAAAUCGUAAUUUAAUCGAUUCUUUGUCUUUCUUCAACAUCGAAACUGGAGCGGACGGAGAAUCGAUUAAAUUGAAGUCAAACUCGACGAAGCCGGCCGUUAGUUUUUCAAUCGCCGCGCGAGGAACAAUAAAGUUUUUCGAUAAAGCUUCAUAUAAAAUGUACCGCUUGAAUUUCGCAGUGAAAGCGUACUUGAUUUCUUCUCAAAGGACCAUAGGUUCCUCCGGUAAGACAUUAACGUGCGCGCUUUAAAAAUGUGCUCUCGCACGCUCUCGACCGUUGAGAUCUUUUUAGCGCGCAGAGGAGCUUCUUCUCCGCCGUGGCGAGAUCCGCAUUUUGAUUCGCCAGUCAUCUUAGGUAAGUCUGCCGUGAAGAUAUACUUCGACAUAAAAGUGAUAUUCAAUAUUUCAAUAUGUUUGGGCGUCUUCUUGCCGAAGAUCGAUACGAUAACAUCGCAGAUGCAUCUCACUUCGUGAAUUCGUAAAAACGGCGAGUCGAGAUGCUCGCGGAAUGAGCGAGCGAUAAAGUCGAUCGAAGUAGACGAAGUAGUGCAAUACCUUUCUCUUACAUAGCUUAUAGGAGCCUCACUUUUUUCAUCCAUCCUUGCUCGACGAUUAAAAUUCGUUCGUUUGGUCUCUUCCGAGAAGAAAAGACCCUUCGUAAAAAAAAAAGAGAAAAAAACAAUAUAUGAAAAAUACAUUUGCUUUUAUUGUAAGAACGAAACAAAACUGGAAUUCGGAACAAAUGACACAUUGUAGGUUUUGAAAAAAUUGAAUUGUCGUUCUGUACUUUUCAUUAACUUGAGGGCGUUUCGAGUACAACUCUCGCAUCGGGGUGCGCAAGAUCUCUCGUGCACUUGAAUGCGCUCCUGCGCUAUUUUCGCCGGGAUUCUUAGCGUAACGCACGCGGAUGCUCGCGGAAAGUUUUCAUCAACAUUUCACGUAAACUGGGCCACCUGUUGAAUGCAGAAAUGACCAUUCGGUGGCAAAAGGGUCGGUCGUACUGCUCCCCUGAAUUAUGGAACACAUCAUUUCCUCGGUUGUUAAAAGCGCGAACAAGAUCGCGGUCAAUUGCGGCGUUUCAUCGAAAUUUAUCAAUCCUUUUUUUCCGGGGCUGCGAAAAUUGUGUCGAGAACGCGAGACCGCAAGGAAAGUAGUGAUCUCUUCAACCGACAAAGAAGAGAAAGAGAGAGAGAGAGAAAGAGAUGGUAUCAUUUACAAAUCGUUCAAAGAUUUAAUUAUUUCUAGGAUAUUUGUUAACUAUUUUAUUUUAAAUUUCUUGAGCAUUUUUGAAUUGUGAUAGAGUUGAGAUUAUUUUCUUUCGUUAUCGCAUACAUGCCUUGCAUGCGUUGUUAUCAAAGUUCCUACAGCUUUGUACAAAUAAAGCUUUAACAGUUUAGAUUUUAAUUUUUUAUUGCGUUUUAUAUACAUAUAUAUAUGUACAUAUUAUUCAUGCGCGUGAAACUUAAGAAAUUGAGUCGGGAUCCACGACAAUUGUUGUGCAAUUUGUUGUAUUUUUUAUUUAUUUUAUUUCGUUACUUGACUCACGCUUUAUCUAGUCAUACGACGUCAACCGUGGGAAGAAAAGCAAAUCCUCUCUCUACCUUUUAAAGCAAUAUAAUAAAACGUCUCAUAUAACGAGAUAUGUAUAUAUAGCGUGACAUGCUGAAAUUGAAUAUAUCGAGGUAGAUAAUACCAUUGCUUGGGAGGUAUUUUCACGUGAAAGCUUCGAGCAGGAGGAAUGAAAAAAGUAGAUCGCACGCGAGUGCAUUUUAUAGAACGGUGCAAUUCACAACGUCAUACCAAAGAUAUGACCAAAAAAAAAGAAGAGGAAGAAAGAAAGAAAGAACGGAGCGGGAGAGAGGAGAGAGCAGGAGGGUGGAAUUAAGGGGAAAAGAAAAAGUACUUACGAUCUAGUCAACAAGUUGCGCUUGAAUUACAUCCUUUUUAUCUUAGUUGCCUAAGGCGGUCGCAUGUAUAAGUGAAGAGGAACCGACGCGCUUAUUCUUUCCCGUCGUAUAUUUUAUCUUACUUUCUCCCCGAUCCCGUGUAUGCCGUCUAAAGCCAUUUCUAAUAUAACUUAGAGGUAUUUUGGUACGGGACAUUUUUAGCGAGCGAUUGUAAGAUAUGACGGAUUGAUUGUAUUCAAUUAAUUGAACGUAACACGCGGUACACUUAUCGUUAAUGGGGAUUAACACCCCGUCGAACGUGAGGGAGAAAGGGAGCUUUUAGUGGCUUUUAGUUAGUAAAAAAAAAAAAAAAACGUAUCAACACCAACGGGAGUAAUACAGACACCGCGAUCGCAUUUUCGUAACGCCGCCGCCGUAAAAUCGCGGCGAUAAAAUAAAACGGGAGGAGAGAUUGGUUUCCGUUUUUCCGGAAGUCUCCCACUCAUUUUCUCUUCCUCUCGGGAACGCGACGAGCCAGAUAACGUUGAGACGCAUUGAAAUGUAAAAAUAAGAUAUGGGAGGGACAGAGAGAGAGAGAGAGAGAGAGAAAAGCGCGGAAUAUAUAUAAGAUGCAACAUUACCAAUGCAAUAAAAUAAUAACUGCGAGAGGAGCAACGAAAUUAGGACGCGGAAUGCGAAAGCAUAAAAUAACCGAGCUGAAAAACGUGAAUGAAUAUCUUUCUGUUUUUAAUAUGCAUUAAAAGUAUAUAUAUAUAUAUGUAUAUAUAUAUAUAUGUAUAUAUUAAAAACAGAGUGCAUCGAUGCGCGCCGUUUAUCGCAGGCCGAAUAUACAAUAUAUCCGCGCGGGAUGAAACGGUCUCGCGCGCAAAAGUUAAAAGUACAUCACCGCAAAUGAAUUCCCACCCACUUUUUUGCCCGGACCUCCCGCUCUAACGUUUUUUAACGCUCGUAUUUUGUUCUUAUAUUUCGCGCCUCGACUCCGUACGACGCGAAGUCGUCUCGCAAAGAAAGUAGAUCUUCAUCCAUCACAUGGGAGGGAAUCACGAAACGCACGUAGUUCUGCAGCUCGGCCACGUUUUUCGUAAUAUUUCAGAUUGUAUAACUUAGUAGACACUCUUGUACUGUAUAACAAUACUCGACAGUCAAUCGAAUCUAUAAUUAAUAGCGUAAUUCGUAACUCGGUAGUCAAUAAUAGAGAAAAGAAAGAAAGAGAGAGAGAGAGAGAGAGAGAGAGAGAGAGAGAGAGAGAGAGAGAGAUUAAAGAAGUGCACACAUGGUCCGCGACCGCUCUGGUUGGGUCCCAGGCGAGUUCCGUUGGGGGUACGUCGGCGGCGUAGUUUACAGUAGUUUUAGUGUCGCGGGCGAAAGAAAGAGGCGACAAAGAAGCGGAACGAUGUUUCGUGGCACGAUUUCGCGCACCUUGCGUAUAAUAAAAUUGUUUUUCUUCAACUCGGAACUCGCGCCGAUGCGACAGCAUAUUACCUCCGCGCUUUACCGUUGCCGGACAGCGUGCAAUAUUUCUCGUUUAUGGAGUAAACUUCCCCGCGCGGUAAACUCCCCGUUGAAAUUAUAUCGGGCCGCCCGUUUACGUUCCAACAACAACGUUCACCACUCCGUUUUAUUCCCGUAAAAAUGAGAGUAGUAAAAUUUUAAUUCGUUAAAGCGAACGGCGAUAUCAAAGCGGAUUCGCUUCUGCUUGAAAUUAAGCGCCACGAUUUUCCCUCAUUGCUUUCGGCAACGCGGAGGCGUCCGCGAAAUCUUUCCACGAACUCGGCACAAUUAUCGGCGCGAUGUAAUUACUCAAUAAGGGAAGAAGACUCACCCUGCGUGUUGUAAUGGGGGAGGGGCGGGCGAAGCGUCAAGAGAGUGAGAUCGCAAGUCACAGAACUGAUACACGUAAGCGCGAGGUGGGCAAAUGCGGGCAGUCCUUACUAUUUUUUGAAUAUGCAAAAUGAUUUUUGAGCCAGACCCCCAGGACGAUCAUGCCUUGUAACGUUUCUCAGUCCGGGAAGGGAGUUCCUUGCUCCGAAUCGCGCAUGUCUUGGACUUGGAAUCGACUACGCAAUCGGGCCCGCUCGUCUUGGCGUAUUUCCGUUUUAUGGAACGAACGGUUUUGGCGUCUCUUCCAAACGGAUUCUUAUUCGAGCGACCAAACAAUUGUCAAAGGCGAAAAGUCACGCGUAUAAAGUGUUACACAAAGUUAAAAGUUAUUUUAUAUAUUCUUAAAGUAAAAUAUGUACCAUUAAUUAUAUAUAUUAAUUAAUAUUUCGUAUCUAUAAAUGUAUGUGUUUUUAUACAAGAAACAAUUGCGCGGAGUUUCGGAACAAAACCAUUUAUCUUGGAAAACAUGUAUGUCUCGUGUUUUUUAUAGCGGAUGUUAUAAAACCGAUAUCACCUAGAUAAAAGAAUGAAUCGAGUCGCGAAAGGAUACAAUUGCGUACGUUUUUUUUUUUCAUCCUUGAAAUUGAUAUUGAGCAAAAAAAAAUCACUCGUAUUUGUAUUAAAUCUCUCUGUUCUUCGAAACUUUUUUAUGACAAUGGGCGAAUGGAAAGUCACAGUCGGAAGGAAGGAAAAGAAAGAAGCACCCAACGGGAAAACCGCAAGUAACAAUAAUAUACGAGGAAGGAAUGGGCUGAAUGGACGCGCAUUAAUAUAAAGACUCCCAAUUAAAGAGGACCAAGUUGCUAAACCGUUUCUAUGCCGCGCACGCGGCGGAUUUAACAGUCGUAGUAUAAUAUCGUUUUCGAGGUGAUAAGGAUCGUCAAUAUAAGCGAUAGAGCGAAUAACUCACUCAACCAACUGAAUGUUAAUAUAUCGAAGGUAAAAAGAGAACAACGAAAAUGUGACAAGCAUUGUACACGUAAAUAUAAAUAAUAUAAUACUUAUAGAGACAAAGCGCAUCCAUUAUAUAUAUAUAAAAAAUAUAUAUAUAUAUAUAGAUGUAUGUACACGUAUUAAUCGAUCGAAUCACAAGUGAAAUUCAAGAACCGUUUAUGUUUAUUCUGUCGAGGUAUAUAUUUAUCAUCGUUUGAACGAAUCAUAUUAGAUAAACGUGACUCACUAUGUGUUUCGGUGAGAAAUAAAAUGCAUUUUCGCGCGAUAUCAGUACUCCCAAUUUGCUAGCGAGCUGACUCGUUGACUUUCUUCGUGCGUAAAUUCGCUAAAAUUAUUUUUCUUCGAACCAGUUUUGUACCGAAACGUGUUUCCCUUCUUUCGCUUCGCGUUUCUAAAUGUGAUGCAGUCGUGAUGAAAGAAUUUCAAGUGAUUCCGCCGAUUAUUACACUUAUCGAGUUUAUUAUAUUAAUUAGCGAAAAGAGGAAAGGAGAGGGAGAUAGAGAGAAAGAAAAGAACUAUAUGUUAAUGUUAGAAAGAUUCGUAAAAACGUUUCGCGUACGCAUCUGCGCGUGCAUACGCGGAAUGUUCACGGAGAAGCAGGCAUGAUCACCGCUAAACCUGGCUUUUCGAAGAAUUUAAAAAAAAGAUGAGAGAAAAGGAAAUAGAAGGAAAAAAUGCGUAUGGAAAAAAUAGGGUUUAGAUUAGUGUGAUACAAGGUACGACAAAGCAAUAAUUUAGUGAUUGUACGAUAUUUGAUUAGCGAAUUAGUGCUAAGUUAACGAUACUUUCGAAAUCUAUAAAUAUUUACUCGAUAAAUCGUAUAGUUUUGUAGAAACGCUGAGAAGAUUACCAUUUCAGAUUAACACUGUCUUGGGAUCAAAGAUUUAGGGGGAAGAAAUAGAUUUAAAAAAAGAGAGAGAAUUGGUAGUUGCGCGGAAGCGAAUGAGCGGAACCGCGAUAUAGCUCUGGGAUCCGCGAGGAUCAAUUUUUUUUUUCUGUAUCAACCGUAGACGAAUGAAACGAGUAACUCAGCAAUUAAAAGUGAGCAAUUAAAAGUGAACGAGAAACAAACUGGGAUUUUGAGCACGACGCUCGCGACUUUUUCUAACGGGACGAACCUCGAAAUAAUUAUACUCGUUCGCGAGUGUAUGCGUAUCUUAUUAUACUGGAAGAAACGGGAUAUAUAGAAGUGUCGCCUUUAAAUUCCGAUAAUGUAAUGCUUUUCGAAGUAGGAGCCAUCUUGCACUGCAGGUGCCAAAUUUAUGCACGCCUAAAGAAAGUGAUUUGAGGAAAGAAAAAAAAAAA